AAAAAUAUUUUUAUUUAUGUCGUGCCCUAUUGACCGUUCUAUAGACCACCAUGGCUGAGCCCCCAUAUCGGGCACCAUACCAAUUACAGUUAGAGCCAUACAUGCGACGCUUGCGCACUCAGCACGUCCUCAGUGCGCAUGUCUACAAACAAACAAAGGACUAGCAGUAGCAACGGUUCCCGCAAAAGCGCGCAUGCGUUCUAACACCUAAUGAUUAAACAUAACCCACCUCUGAGUGAUGCCGCGUUUUUGGUCGGAUUAAAGUUUAAAAUGGUAGCAUUUUAUUUGGAAGGAUAUUAGCAGGUGAACUCGUGGUCAGUGUCAGAUGGAUUCCACUAGGGAUGAGUUCGCCAAAGCUGAACGAGAGAUGCCAAAGUGCUAUGAGCAAUGGUAAAAAACACUUAAGCACUGAAUCGAAGGAAGAUUCGCUGGAUAAUUCUAUUAGAGAGUCAAUAAAAUCAGAAAGAACUGGUAAAUCCGAAGAAGACGGUCGUAGACGCACAAUAAUUGUAGAAAAGAAAAAUGGGAACUACGGCUUUACACUACAAAGCUAUGGGAUACAUUAUAAAAAGGAACAAGAGAUCGAGGUGAUCACUUAUGUGGAUCAUGUGGAGGCUGAGGGUCCGGCAGCACUCGCCGGCAUGCGUGAAGGUGAUGUCAUUCUGUCCAUCAACGGCAAUGACGUGGAGAGAGCUGACCACGCAGCUAUUGUCACCGCCAUUAACGCCUGCGACUCACGCAUGCGUAUCGUUGUGAUAUUUGAAGACUGCGUCCGAAAAGUUGAACUUCAUCUUAAGUACAUUAACAUACAACGAACUCUUCAAAACAAAAUGCGGGAGCUGGAACAACUAUCGAUCCGAGAAAGGCAAGUAUUCGAUUCCAACUGGAAAACCCACAGUCUACCCUCGCAGAAGAAGAAAACCUCUCCAUCGGAUAUUAUCUCAGACUCUGAAGAACCGACCGCAGACAAUAUUAGCUCUUACUGCCGACCCACUCUAUCGAGCGAAAACGUAACCGCCGCUAAGCCGCCUCAACCUAACGUGUUCAUGUAUCAAUAUUUAGAUCCCCGAUACGGUACGUGUAUUAUACAACCAAAUAUCCACACCGGCAGCUUCGUCAUUACAGUUGGUUCACCACGAAACCGACGCGACUGCCAUCAUUAUGUCGUGAAAGCGACAGGCGAAUGUCACCGUGCGUCAGAAGCCUACAAGGUUUCAAAUGGAAAACAUAGCAAGCCUCACAGGAGUCACAACCACAGCUGUGCUCCAUGCGUUCCCGCAUAUAGCAACCAGGACGCAAACAGUCUAGAAGCUUACGAUCUUGCUAGCCCUUGCUGCGAUCCUCAUUGUGUACCUAAUGCUAGGAAAAAAAUCAGGAGAAAGAAGGAAUGCUCAAAGGAGCAUAAACGAAAAGAAAAACAUCAUGUCGACAAAUCAACACAGAAGACUGAAUGUAAUCAUGCUCACUCAAAGAAAGUGUGUACGUCAGGACAUUGUUCCGGAAGAUACCGGUAUUUGACCACGGAAUCGACACAAACGAGCCAGUGCAGUCUUCAAUCGUACGCCACGAGCAACGCCACGGUUCCGUGCGAUAACUCUGUGUCCAGCUACAGUACUUCACUCAGCAGUGAUACCUUGUUUUGGGAGAAUGAUCGCUCUGAAGCUAAAUCUUCUCCAAAAAUUCAAUACCAAAGCGCACACCAGCAUGUAAAACCCAAAUCGUGGGAUAAUCUAGCUACAAAAGCUAUUGGGGGCUACGGUUUCGGUUAUGGCUAUUUAGACACUACUACGAAACAUUCAAGUAGAUCUAAAAGUCACGGUCGAAGUCAUAGCGGUCGCAGCACUCAGAGUCACCAUGACUACCAACAUCACCCGCAGGAGAAGCAUUCCCAUAGGCAGAGUGGUACACCACACCACUAUCAGACCUAUGUCAGAACUCACAGCCACAACUGUCAGCCUACUAAAUCAACGGAAAAUUUGAUCGUGGUACCAAAAUAUCAAUUGGAAAGUAGCGGUUCAGAGAGUAGACUUGCGUGUGAAUGUGAAAGCAACCUUGAUUAUUAUAGACGAGGCCCCGUGAAGAGCCCCGCCGAAACUCACUCCAACUAUUACGGCCAACGAUUCGUUUACCCCACCCAUUCUUAUAAGAAAAAAGAUUCGAAUGUUAGUUCAGAAAUAACCAGAUUAUAAUUAUCACGAAGCAAUUGCUCAAAUUAAAACAUAAGUGCAUUCGAACGACCUCAUUAUUUGUGUUAUUGGUGACAAAUAAGUGGGAUAGCUUGAGCUGCCUUGAUUGGAAAAUGGAAGAAAUAGCUUGUUAAAGUUUGGACCUGCCGAGGACAAUAUUAAUUAAAUGUCCAAAUGAAUUUUACACCCGCUUUAAACAUUCGCAUUCCCUCUGUUUAAUAAUCGUAGAUUUAAGGUAAACCACUUACAGCUUUAUACUCGUUGAUUUAUAGUUUUGAUUAAAAAAU